CUUUCUUUUCUAAUUCUAAUUUAUCAUUCCACAACUAUGCCUCCCAUCCCAAAAUCAAAAAAAAGAUCAACUAACAGGUCCAAAUCAGAAAAAGUGUCUGCCAAUUCGAAACAGACACAAAUGACAAUGCGUCAAUGGAAAAUUGGUAACGAUCUAUUCUUCACACAUGUAUUGAGUUGAGGGGUAAUUAAAGUUUUUAUUCGUAAAAGCAGGCAAGCCCGAAGCCCCAUGUACAUUAUGUUUAUCCAAUAUACCAACUUACAAAAUGGAUAAGCACUGGAUAAGAUACCAUCAUAUGGACCUUAACAUCAACCUCAAAAGAUUUCUACCUUGUCUUGAAGGCCCAGAUUUCUACUGCGAGACCUGCCAAAUACAUUACGAGAGCAAAAUUCGAUUUGUGUCCCAUUUAAAACAUGAUCACAAAAUCCAAGGCCCUUCCUUCCCAGACUACUCUGAUGUACCACCCAAUGUAAUGGACCCAGACAAUCACUGUAAACCAUGCUGCUUGUGCUUUGACUCGCGCCCACUUUACCGCAGCCAUCUCUUUCUUAAACAUAAUAUCACAGUCUAUAGUCACAUUGUAUCAGUACAUGAAAAUACUAAGCCGGAUGUAUUUAACGAAAAGAAUCACUGUGAUGCAUGUGGUAAGACCUUUGUAAGCCGUCAUGCUUUCCUUCAACAUCUCCAUUACAGCUAUGGCAUAGACGUAGAACCCUAUAAACGACCCCGUACUCAAAAUGAUUUGGAUCAAUUCAUUCAGAGACAACAACAGAUAGAUAUUCCUAAUUUACAUGACCCUAAUUUGUAUUGCGCCACUUGUUGUCGUACUUAUGACACAAGGUUACAAUAUCAACACCACUUGCGCAUGAUACACAAUAUUUAUUCCAGACCUGUAAAAGGCUUUACUAUGAGGACCCGCAAAGCUCCUUUGGACAUUGUGCCUGAUCCAGACAAUCCCGACAAUCACUGUACAUCUUGCCAAUGUACAUACAAAUCCAAAGAAAGCUUUGUGAGCCAUCUGAGAUAUUCCCACCCGCCACCAUCCACACAACAAUAACAACAACAAUGAUAAUAAUAAUA